UUUUCGUUUUCUUUCGAAGGGUUCAUUCCAUUUUCUUUUCGACUUUUCGAUCAGUCUGUGUUUGACAAGGGAACACGCCGUUAGUGAGUUGGUCAAAUUUGCUGAGUUGAGUUAGUAUUUAAUUUGUGAUAUUAAAUGAAGACUGUGCUAAUUCAUAAGAACCAGCAAAGAUAAAAUACGACACAACACAAUGGAUGAUGAUCAGCAGUUCUGUCUUCGAUGGAACAAUCACCAGAGCACACUCAUAUCCGUGUUCGACACUUUGUUGGAAAAUGGAACACUAGUGGAUUGCACACUGGCGGCGGAGGGCAAAUUCCUAAAAGCACACAAGGUGGUCCUCUCGGCCUGUAGUCCGUAUUUCGCGGCUCUGCUUUCCCAGCAGUACGACAAGCACCCCAUCUUCAUACUCAAAGAUGUAAAAUUUCAAGAGCUCCGCGCCAUGAUGGACUACAUGUACCGUGGCGAGGUAAACAUUUCACAGGAUCAGCUGGCUGCGCUUCUGAAGGCGGCCGAGUCCCUGCAGAUCAAGGGUUUGUCCGAUAAUCGGGGCUCGUCCUCGUCGUCGGCAGCACCACCAUCGCAGCAGAAGCAGCAGCAGAGUGAAACUGCAGCGGCAAAGACGUUGCCGCCACCCGUACCUGUGAAUAAGGCUUCAGGUUUGACGAUCGAGAACAAAAGGCCUUUGAAAUCGGAAUUGCAUGAUUCGGACCUGUCCGGAUCGCGAGAAGGUUCUACUAGUCCCACAUCACGGAAGCGGAAGAAAAUUCGACGAGGAAGCGUCGACACCAACAACCUAACGGAUAAUCAUGACCAGCAUUCAAAUUCCUCAUCACAUUCAAUGCACUCUUCCCUGCAACCGCAAGCUCUGGCUCUGACGUCCGGCUCGUCCGCGAUCGUGGCUAGUGUCCCCGCUAUCAACAACGCCGCUACCUCCCUGUCGUCGUCGUCGUCGACGGCCGCCGCCGUCGUCGCCGCAACAUCCGCCGCGUCUGCCGUAACCAGUGCGAAUGUGCUGGCGGCCACCGCCUCCGCUGUCGCUGCUGCAGCAUCAGCUGCCAUCAAAAAGACUGAAUCCGUUCAACAGCAGCAGGUUGCGGAAGCGCUGAAGCUGCAGCUUGUCAAGCAACACCUCCCGACCAGCACGCAACAGCAGCAGCAGCAACAACUACAAAAGGCACAAGACACGGAAGAAGACGAGGAACUGAGCGAAACGGAACAUGGUGACGGACACGGCGACGAUGAUUCGGACAAUGAACUGGAUGAACCCCAAAGCAAACGACGGCAAGCACAAGGUGGCGAUGGCGAAGAUGGCAAGUCAAUUAACCAAUCCGAGCUGAUGAUUGAACCAAAAAAUGAGUACGACGACGGACAGGAUGAAAACGUCGAAGACCUAACGCUGGACGAGGAAGAGUUGCUGGACGAUUUGGAUCAGGCCGGACCGAGCCACGGAGAAGGAUCUAGUCAAGGUUAUGCACAAUGGCAAAUGGAACGUGAGCAAAACGAAGCGUUUAUGGCAGCUCAGGACGCUGUCGGAGGACCACAUCGAGACGCACAAGAGGGAUCACCAACAUAUACCAGUAUGAGCAGUGUGUCGAUGCCGACUUCCGUCAUAGCCACCGACACCGAUGAUGAGUCUUUCAUUCAUCUGGAAUCGCUGUACGAUGUAGGCGCCAAAGUGGAGCCAACUCCGUCUGAUUUCAUGGAUGGUGGCGGCAGCAGUCUGCUGACCGGUGGUGAUCCACCUCUCGUAACGGCGGACCUUCGAAGGACAACCGUGCACGAAUCGCAGUCCCAAGUGAAGGAAAUUAUUUCCUACCAACGCUACGGAAAGAUUGACAAAACAGUAUUCUCAACGCAGAAAUUCAAGUGCCACCUCUGUGGCUUCGGGUUCGCCCAGGGAAAAAUCGAAUAUCUGGAAGAGAUCGUAGAGCCUGGCAGCGGAACAGUUCUGGAAAGCAAUACGGUCGUCUUUGAGAUUAAGUCACAGCCGAUCGAUAUGGCGGAAACGAUCGAAUAUCUUGUCUCCGCGGAAGAAGAGGAUCCGGAACCGAGCAAAACUCAACAGCAACAGUUGCUUCCGGUAGACAUAGCCACGGAGAACAUUCCAAUGUAUGACAACCCGCAACUCGCGAUAGUGCUAAAAAAGGAGCGCCGCAUUCCGUCGCAUAUGCGUCCUCGGACAAACACGGAACCCCGGUUUGAGUGUCCCAAGUGUGGCAAAGCGUACUCUUUGGCGAAAAACAUGCGCCGUCAUGCCCGGCUAGAGUGUGGCCAGGAGCCAAAGUACGCAUGUCCGUACUGUCCGCUUCGAUAUGCUCGUCCCGCAAGGCCCCAAGCAGCAACUUCAACAGCAGCAGCAGCAGCAAAAAAACUUAAAACAAUUACCGUCACAACGCCGCAAUUGACGACGACGAGCGCAACGGUGCUGGAAUCUGCUUCACAGGUGGCCCAGAUCACCGCAAACACCCCCGUAAUCUUGAACGAUCUGAACGAUUGCCUGCUCGAGAGCAAGAACAUUGUGGUGUCGAAGAAGGACAACAAGUACAUUCUGUUUACGACGGCCGCGCCGGAACCGAUCUCGCUGCAACCGGCGACGACGUCCCAGAUACAGUCCAUCACGUUGCAACCACUGCAAGUGAGUGCCGCAACCGUCACCGCGCCGGCAGCAGCAACCCUUCAUACGGCCACCGUAAUCGAUACCGGGCGCAUCGAGGAGCUGCUGAAGCGGGACAAAAUUAUCAAAAAGACGGAACUGCAGAGCGACGGCACGACCACCACCACCUACAUCUUUGACGAGUGCGAUAUUUUACCCCUGAAAACUACUUCCAAAAAUGUUAUCAACACGGCGCCAACGGUUCAACAAGCUACGUCGGUUAAACCGACCACGCUGUCGAUAGUGAAGGUAGCACCGGACAAUGUGAUCACAACUGGUGGCGGAGCCACGGCAACGGCGGUUCCGGCUGUUCCGCAGCCAGCUUUGCCAGCAACACUUAUUAGUGCCAGUCCAAAUCCAAGCCAAAUUAUCUCUUCCAAGAAGCUUUUGAAACCAACUCACCCACGGAUCAAGUAUUCUAAGCAUAAGAACCCGUCGGUUCAAUCGGUAGCGGCCCUACCGAUCCUGACGAUUCCCACCGUGCCGAGCAGCAACAUUGGGCAGUCGUUAAGCUUGUCCGUGCCGGAGGCCCCGGUCGGAACGACAACGACCAAAAUUGAGCUGCUAAAUUUUUCACUCUCUCGCAAAUUUCCCGGUCAGAACACAAAGACCAUUGAUGUGAGCAACAUCCAGCAGAUUCCGAUCACGGCCGUUUCCAAACCGGUUCCGACGACGCGCUACACAGUUAGUGAUUAUGAAACAAUCACCUCAAACACGUCCCAGAGUAACGAUUUUACCAGUGGCAUGAUUGACGAUCUCGACUAUUCGGUGAUCGACGACAUUGAGCUGCCGGAUGAUGUCCAGGUCAACUUUGCCGAGUCGUACUCGUCGUCGAAGGGUGCUCACGGCGCUACCACAGAGGAUGACGAGGACGACGGUGAUGAUUCGCAGGAUGCUCCGAAACCGCUGCCGGGGAAAAAAUCCACUGGCAAGACAGAGGCUAAGAUCUUGAACGCCUCGAUGGACGACAAGUACGCCCUGCUGGCCAAUACGAGUAUUAUGAAGAAUUUUGAGUACACUGUCAACGAGUCCGUGGUGAGCGAUGGCGACGAUGGCGAGAUGCGACAGUACAUCUGUCGUCACUGUGGCAAGCGCUACCGGUGGAAGUCCACCUUGCGACGGCACGAGAACGUCGAGUGCGGCGGCAAAGAGGCCAUGCACCAGUGUCCUUACUGUACGUACAAGGCCAAACAGCGCGGAAACCUGGGCGUUCACAUCCGCAAACAUCACUCGGAAAUGCCCCAGCUGGAGAGUCGUCGCAAGAGCAAAACCCGCGACUCGCUCAACCUAAUUGAGUCUAUCAAGGCGGAAGCCGAGGGCCAGUUGUAGAUGUGUAAGAAAUAUGGUUUACUCUGCAGCAGAGUAUUCGUACGUACAGCUAGCGUGGAACUAAAAGAAAAAGAAAAUAAACACAAAAAAUCCUAUUGAUUACACAUAAAGCUACUAUAUUUCUACAUGGAUCUAAAAGGUACUAUAUAUGAGAAAGCGAGAUACAAUACUAUACCACUCUGAAAAUGUACAAGAAAAGUUUGUGUCAUAAGCGCAAACUAGUCUUUUGCGGCACGUUGUUGCCUCGAGAGGCAGGAAAUAAAAAAAACAAGUUUUAAAAGGAGAUGAAUAGCGCUGCUAAGUUAAUCUACUAAACUAUCCUUUAACAAAACAAAAAAAAAACAAAAA